AUGAAUCGCAAGAUCAUCCCGGCGCUGCUUGCCAGCGCUGUUACGGCUUCAGCUUGCACCAUCCCAACAGACCCUCUUGAUAACAACAUUGCGUACCCGUUCCGAGCUCAGGUCCAGAAUGCCACCCGGCCUGAAGUCCACAACAAGUAUAUGAACCUGUUUGAAGCUGGUGGCGGUGAUCGUCAUCUCUUCAUCGGGCCCGUCGGUGUGCCUACCUACGACCUGACGCUUGUCGACGGCGUCAUCAACCAUGUCCCGGAUGGGGUGCGCGCCGUGAUCGGUGGGGAGAUCGACCACACCACGAAGAUGUUCAUGACUGGCCGAGGUGACCCACGAGCCAUCUUCAAGCCGACCUACGCCUGCAACCCAGACACAGACGCGCUUCAGAUUGAGCUUCGGUUCGUGACCUGGCAAGAUCAGCCCACGGGCGGCCACAUCUGUGUUCGUUCUUCAUUUGAAGAGAGCCACGAGUUCCGGUACUACCCGCCGGGCAACACACUGGUCGACCCCAACCGCGAGUGCAUCAAAGUCACUCUCGUGGUGAUUCCCACGACCGACCUCCCUCCUCAAACCAGCACCACACUCUCCACCUCCACUAUCCCAGCAACUUCCACCACAACGACCUCCACCAGGACUUCCACCGCAACUAGUACCCCCAGCAGCGCUCCGUUCGUUGACCUCACCUCCUCCGGCUUCCGUUUCGUCGGCUGCGCGCCCGAGGAACGCUGGACGACUGACGGCGCUUUCCGCACACUCCCCGACGCGUCCACGUCGACAGAUACCAACACCAAUGCCGCGUGCGCGGCGUUUUGUACGGCGGGCGGGUUCAAGUACGCGGGCACCGAAUGGAGCCGCGAGUGCUGGUGUGGUAAGGCAGUGGUCGCGACGCGCUGGCCCGCGACAACACUGGCUAGCCUGGAGGGCUGCAACUUCCGGUGCACGGGUGACGAGGGUGAGAUUUGCGGCGGUGAUGCGCGUUUGAGUUUGUAUGAGAAGUGUGAUAGUGGGGAGGCCUGCGAGAAUGUGGUGUUUACUUAA